AUGGACACUGAGAGACCACCGGGUCGAUUCAUGCUACCACCUGCCCCUUCGCUACAGAACCUGAUCCCGGCUUCUGGAGUAAAUGACGCUAUGUCCCCCGCCCCCUACAGCUUUGAGAUUGGCACUACCGGUUUCGGUACUAACUUGCAGGAAGCGCCAAUCUUUCUUGGUGACAAAUGCAGGCCUGAGCACCAGAAUUCCUGUGUGAGGCGAAGCUCGAUGGGGAUGACGGGAAGCAGAAACGGCGGCAGUGUCAAGGCCAGAAGAACCAAGGUCAGCCGAGCGUGCGAUGCUUGCAAACAACACCUACACCUUUCCUGUGGCUAUUUUGCCAGCUACACCAGGGGUCGCCUACCCACAGUACCAACGGCUUCAGUGGCUGCUCAGGGCGAGGCCUGCGCUGGUUUACAGGAUGAAUUGGAUGAUAUCCCUUCCAUACUGAGUCGAGGCUCGAUCAUUUCAACACAGUCCCGUCAACAUGCGGACAACUCCAAUGAGCACUCUGGUUCUGGACACGCGGCACAUGUCUCAUCACGGAACUCUCCAGUUCCCAGUACGAAUAUUGGCGGCCAGUAUCAUGGACCUUCUUCUCCGAUCACCUUCCUGGAAAGAGCCUGGAAACGCCUCCGGGAGAACCACGCUUCAAGCAUAUCAAAGACUCUGGAAAAAGAGAUAUCGGCUGAGGAGCCUCUUUUGGUGACCGACGGCAAUGAAAUGCGCCUCGCAGACGAGCGUUUCCGCAUGCCGUCAAAGUCUCAGGCCUAUGACCUGGUCGAGAGAUAUUUUGAAAUCGCCACGCCUUUCUUCCGGUUCCUCCACAAGGGUACAGUCACGAACCUGGUCGAUACGCUGUAUCAACAGCCAAGUGAGCCACAUACUGCUCACAGCACUAUAUCUCAAAGCCAAGUCACGCUCUUGUUGAUGAUUUUUGCGGUGGCUACCUCCGAUUGUGGCGUCGACAGCGUUUCCCGAGACUACAGACAAAGUGAAUUGCUCCUCGAGGCUGGGCAAAGACGCUUUCAGCGAGAAUGUGGUGCACCCAACCUGGACUCGGUUCAGGCGAGGCUUGUCGAAUGUCUGCACCUCUUAUCCACUCGACAUGCAAACGAAGUCUACUCGAAAUUCGGGGCCACGGUCGCAUUAAUCAUCACCUUGGGCCUUCAUCGCCGUAAGCGGCCAGGAGGCUAUAGAUCGGAAAUCGGAGCCAUCGAGCAUGAGUGUCGCAAGCGAGCAUUUUGGGUUGCCUAUGUUCUAGAUCGAUAUCUCAGCGUCAUGGGUGGCCGCCCACGGACUCUCCAAGAUUUUGAUGCUGAUCAGGACUUUCCAGCAAGAGUACAUGAUGAUGAGUUGACGUUUGAAGGCAUGAAGCCCAGAGGAGGUCAUUUUGACUGUGACAUGGACGCACCCAUCAUGCAUAUCAAGUAUCUUCUCCCUCAACCUUCGUUGUUGAGUGAUGGAAUUGCUAAAUCCGAGUUCAGGCUUGCCCGGAUCAGUGCCCAAAGCUCUGCCCAAGUAUACCCUCUGCGACGAAUAGGUCAAGACGAAAGACUCUCACAAGCCCAACGUAUCUCUGCAGACCUUGCAGCAUGGAAAGGAGAGCUGCCGCCAUUCCUCGGUAUGAUUCCAGCCUCGAGUCUGAUCCCCAAGUUUCAACGACAGUCGGUUACUCUUCUCCUGGCACACGCCCACGCCGCUAUUCACGCCAACAGGCCGUUUCUUUUGAACAAUUUUGCAACCACCUCCAACCCACCGCAUUUGACGCAACAAGCUGUCCGCUACGUUUACGACUGUGUUGUCGCUGCUCGCAGCGUGGUGGAUGUUCUGGAAAGUUUCGAUGGUAAUGGCAUUGCUUUCCAUUCCUGGUGGUUCACACAGUAUAUCUCGUUCUGUGCUGUGGCAGUCAUCUACAUCUACACGAUACAGCAGCGCCAGAAGUUGGUCUCCACCCCAACAGCCUUUGCUUCGGACGGGACAGGUUUUCAGUCAUCGUUCCUCGCUUCUGGCAAGGAGAGAGACUGGUUCGCCAUGGCAGAGAGCUGUCAGCAGAGGCUCGCAGCGGCUGCUAGGGGGAACUCACCAGGGACAAGGUAUGCCAUUGUUUUGGAGGAGUUGCGGCAAGAAACAUGCCGCCGCCUGUCGACGCACGGAUCAGUUUAUGGUGACGACGCCCACAGUGUCUCACGGGGGGUCGAACAAAUGCCUCUGCAGGACGGGAUACAAGAUAGCUGGACUGAAGAAACGAACACAGAUUUUACGCAUAUUUUCGAUGAUCUGGGCGCAGUGGAUUGGAUUGCGCACCUAUAUCACCCGGUAGGCCCACCUUUGGCUCUGAUGUCCAGCUUCAUUUAA